UAGAGUGCAGGCAGUUGCAUGAAUACUUGGUAUUGAUUUUAGACGCUCUGUUUGACGUGAAGUCAGGCGUUAUCAUAUUUUCCAGCAGCCUCACGGUGAAAUAGCUGCGGUGUCAAGACUGAAGAACAAGGGCAGGGGAUGACAAACACCAGCAGCCACUAUUUUGGGCUCCAAAACACAAGCAGACUAAGACAGAAGCAAACCCCGGAACUUGAAACGAGCUAACAUUAGCUAGCUUUUUGUUGACAGUGUGCGUGCUGUCAAACCAGAACCAGACCUCAUUUAGAGGAGAUGUGGUUAGCCUGCUAGCUACUUAUAGACAAGUAUAAGUGGCUCCUGUUUUAGGACAUUGUCAGACUGGUAUUCGGAGAGAAAUCUCAAAGGAGUUUCCUCUACUUUUAAACACUUGUGGACCUUGAGGAUGGCAUCAAGAGGAGGCUUCACGGGUCCUCCCAUGAAUCCGAAUAUGCACCCUAUGACUGUUGGGCAUGCUGCGGGCAUGAGGAUGCCAGGCAUGCCCCAACCUCCAGCGGGAUAUCCCCGCAGCAUGAGCACCGCUCCUCAAUAUCCACAGCGCUCAGGGAUGCCACCCAGUAGAGUGGGGGGCCCCCUUGGGUCGAUGGGGGGUCAGCUGCCUGGUCCUUCUUACAGCGGUGGGAACAUGUCCAUGCGGCCAGGCAUGGGGCCCCCGAGCAUGGACCCCUCAAGGAAGCGGUUCCUUCAUCAGCAUCAACAGCAGCCAGAGGGGCUGGGAGGCCUCAGACGAGGGCCAAAGAGACGCAAGAUGGCUGACAAGGUUCUCCCACAGAGGAUUCGUGAACUUGUUCCAGAGUCUCAGGCCUACAUGGACCUCCUUGCCUUUGAAAGAAAACUGGAUCAAACCAUCGCCCGAAAGCGAAUGGAGAUCCAGGAAGCCAUCAAGAAGCCCAUAAUGCAAAAACGUAAGCUCAGGAUCUACAUUUCCAACACGUACACCCCAAGCAAGCCUGAGGGCGAGGAGGCUGAGAAGGUGUCCUCCUGGGAGCUGAGAGUGGAGGGAAAACUUCUGGAUGAGCCAGGAAAACAGAAGAAGAAGUUCUCAUCUUUCUUUAAAAGCCUGGUGAUUGAGCUCGAUAAGGAGCUCUACGGGCCUGACAACCACUUGGUAGAGUGGCACAGAAUGCCCACCACUCAGGAGACUGAUGGUUUCCAGGUCAAACGUCCCGGUGACGUCAAUGUCAAAUGCACCCUUCUGCUCAUGCUCGACCACCAGCCUCCUCAGUACAAACUGGAUCCACGACUGGCUCGUCUGCUGGGUGUGCACACGCAGACUCGGUCCAGCAUCAUGCAGGCUCUGUGGCUCUACAUCAAGAACAACAAGCUGCAGGACAGUCACGAGAAGGAGUACAUCAACUGCAACCGUUACUUCAGACAGAUCUUUGGAUGUCCCCGCAUGAGGUUCUCUGAGAUUCCCAUGAAACUGGCUGGUCUGCUCCAGCACCCUGACCCCAUCAUCAUCAAUCACAUGAUCAGCGUGGACCCCACAGACCAGAAGAAGACAGCAUGCUAUGACAUUGAUGUGGAGGUUGAUGACCCACUGAAGGGACAGAUGAACAGUUUUCUGUCUUCUACGACCAACCAGCAGGAGAUCGCUGCUCUUGAGAUGAAGAUUCAUGAGACCAUUGAGUACAUAAACCAGCUGAAGACGGAGAGAGACUUCAUGCUGAGCUUCAGUAAUAAUCCGCAGGACUUCAUCCAGGACUGGCUAAAGUCUCAGAGCAGAGAUCUGAAGUUGAUGACGGAUGUGACUGGAAACCCUGAAGAAGAAAGGAGGUCCGAGUUCUACCAGGCACCCUGGGUACCUGAGGCAGUUGGCAGAUAUGUUUACUCAAAGGUGCAGCAGAGAAGACAAGAACUGGAGCAGGUGUUGGGGAUCAGACUCACCUAAAAUCCAGAGGAGUCACGCCUGAAAUUCAAUUCAUUAAAUGUUUUUUUCUGAUCAAAACAAAUUGGAAAAAAGCUGGAAAAAAAGCUGAAGUUGAAGCUUAGAUGUUCAUAGAGCCACCCUCAUUUUAUCCAGAAAAGCAGCUUCUAAAUAUCUGGUUUAUAUCCCAAUGAUAAUGAAACUACAGCUGAGAAUUUGGGACCAAAGUGCUGAUUUACAUCCUUAAAACUAUGUUUGCCUUGCAUUGUUGUUGUUUUAUUUUUGAGCCUGUUGCCUUGUUUUUCAGUAUGUUCUGCUUAUGGUACAUUUUUUUCUAUAAUGUAUAAAGAAUCGGUGCUGUUCAGGUGUUUGUUUCACCGUUUGUGCUAUUUAGAAACUCUGUUUAUUUCUUAAAGCCAUAAUCUUUAAACAAAAAAAAAAACAAUACUUGAUGUCUGGUUACUGGGUUGGCAGAGGUAGAAUAAAAUCUUUCAUUUAAAAACAAAAUAAUUUACAAUAGAAAUAUAUUUAGAAUUCUAAAAUAAAUUCAGAAAAUAUAGAUUUUCCUUUAAACUAAAUAAGGAAUUCUUAAGAUGCCUUACAAAUUAUAGGGACCAAUGAAAAGAGAGAGGAAUAUUGUUUUAAAAUGAAACAUUUAUUUGCUGCACAAGGGAGUAGGGUUUCUAUGAAAAGCUCUACUUUGGGAAAAUAUUGAGCCUCUUAUUUUGAAAGGACAAAAGUCCACUGUGUCCAGACAUAAGUCAGCAGCUUUUUUUGCUUCUGUAAUGUUUACAUGUUGUUUUUCAUUUAUGUAGUUCUAUCUAACCCUUACUCUGCCACACAGAGGGACUGUGGCUAGAUUUGUUUAAACUAAAGGGUUUUGCCUUACCUCCUGACAUGGUUAAACUGCUAUGAGAAUAUAAGAAAGAUGUUUUGUAUCAACUUUACAAAUCACCAAACUGUUGUGUACAGUUUAGAAUUGUGUGGAAACGCUGUUUUGUGAAGCUUUUCUAUGUGGGGAUCUCUUACAUUUCUUUAAACAUUCCAGGUUAAGAAAUAUCACUGUGCCAAAUUUGUCUUUUGAAGACGGCACUUACAAUUUGAGACGUGUGUACAAAUAUUUUUGUACUGCCUUUUUUUGUAAUAUGUUUGCAUGUUGCGCAUCAAUCAGAACCCUUUAUCUUUUAUACAUCAGGAGUAUUUUUUGCAAUAAACAUCUCAAAUGUUUUUUAUACUGUGUUUUUGUAGCAUGUAAGUUUACAAAAUGUACUUAUUUUGUAUGAUCCAUUCCCUUUACAGGUAUCGUUAAUUACAGUGUAGGUUUACUCUUGGUCUUGACUGUGAAACCUCAGCCGUGUGAUCAAAGCUGGAGUCAGGUCAUGAGUUUGCAUGUUAGGGCCGGUCUAGAGCAGCCGUUUCAACAGGUACAGCUUGUCUUUCCUGUCUCAGA